AUGAGGUUGCUUCAUUCUCAUUAUUUUGAUGUUAUUGGCCUUCUUGAAACAAAAGUUAAAUCAAAAAAUGUUUUGAGUUACCAAAAGAAGUUUGGCUCUUCUUGGCUUUGGGUGUGCAAUUAUGAUCAUUCACCUAAAGGGAGGAUUUGGCUUUGUUGCAAUGUAGAUAGAGUAACUGCCAAUGUCUUAAAGAUUCAUGAGCAGUUUAUACAUUGUUGUGUUCUUUCUAAGGAUCUUUUUACUCAAGUUCAUCUCACUGUUGUCUAUUGGCUUCAUUCUAUUCAUGAUAGGCUUCCUAUGUGGGAAGGGAUUAGAAACCUCUCUAUUCAACAUUCUCCUUGGCUCUGUGCUAGUGACUUUAACUCUGUUCUUCAUACUUCAGACAGGCUUCAUGGUACUGAUGUUACUGAUCAUGAGACUAGAGAUUUCCAGAGUUUGGUUGAUGAUUUGGACCUCACUGAGGUCAAGAGCAAAGGAGCCUUCUACUCUUGGUUAAAUAAGGCUCACACUGGUCCUAGAACUCUUUCUAGGAUUGAUAGAGUCUUUGGUAACCAAGCUUGGUUGGACUCUCAUGGUCAUGUUGAAACUGUCUAUCUUCCCCCUUCUUUAUCUGACCAUAGUCCAGUUCUUUUGGAUAUUUGUCCUGCUCCUGCUGGGAAAGGUAGACCUUUUAGAUUUCUCAACUGUAUUGCUGAUCAUCCUAAUUUUCUUGAUAUUGUUUCUCAGGCUUGGUGUUCUGGUAGUUCUGUCUGGCAGAAGCUUAAUUCUGUGAAGUCUAGUAUUAAGUCUCUUAAUAGCAAGCAGUUUAGCAAUAUUGCUGAGAAGAUUGAUCAAGCUAUUGUUGAGCUUGCUGGAAUUCAGAACUUAAUGGCUCAAAAUCCUGAUGAUUUGGAUUUAUAUGAAAAAGAAUCUGAUGCUAUUAAGGUUGUCAAACACUGGAAUGAUAUUCAAGAAAGCAUCUUCAAACAAAAGUCUAGGAUCAACUGGAUUAAGCUUAGAGAUGGCAAUUCCCAUUAUUUUUUCUCAGAGAUGAAGAAUAGGCAAGCAAAGAACAGAAUUGACUCUAUUUUUGACUCUAACCAUGUUUUGCUUAAGGACCCGGAUUCUGUUUCUCAUGAGAUUAUUUCUUUCUAUAAGUCUCUUUUAGGGACUAAGGCUCCUUGGCUUCCUGCUCAGUGA